AUGAGUUCUUCGGCAGCGGACAGACGUGUCUGCGUCUGUGUGUUGGGAGACAUCGGAAGGAGUCCUCGCAUGCAAUACCACUCCAUCUCUCUGUCCAAUCACUUCGGAGUGGAUUUGCUUGGCUUUGAAGGAUCGAAACCACACGAAGGCGUGGCGAACAACGACCGCAUUAAAUGCCAUCACAUGAGACAAACGCCUCAAUGGAUCUAUUGGUUGCCAUCGAUUCUGGUCUACUUCCUCAAAGUCUGGUGGCAGUCAUGGUUCAGGUUUUCAAUCACUUAUUCCUCGCGUAAGCCACGAAUAUUUACACCAAUACUCGUCGCACAGAACCCGCCAUCGAUUCCAACGCUGGGUGUCGUGUGGUUUGUGUGUCGACUGCGAGGAUCCAAGUUUGUGGUCGAUUGGCACAACUAUGGCUUCACAAUACUCGGGCUAACUCUUGGAGACAAUCACAUUCUCGUGAAGAUCUGCAAAUGGUUUGAGACAUACUUCGGCGCCAAAUCUGACGCCAAUUUCUGUGUCACGAAUGCCAUGAAAGAGGAUCUGAAGAACAGAUUCAAUAUAAGCGCUACCGUUCUGUACGACAGACCCCCGGAUAUAUUUGACGCCAUUUCUGUCGAAGAGAAACACCAUUUGUUUCUCAAACUGAAGACAGAAUACAAGGAGUUCUUAAGCGACGAAUCGGAUGAUGACAAUCAGACUGUUGUGACCAUUCAUGACACUAUCAGUUAUAACAUAUCUCUGAGACCAAAACGGCCGGCGCUUGUCAUGAGUAGCACGAGUUGGACGGAAGACGAAGACUUUGAUAUAUUGUUUAAAGCGCUCGAACUCUACGACAACUCUGCUUCCAGUUCUGGCAAAUGGCCGCACAUUCUGUGUGUCGUUACCGGAAAGGGUCCGCUGAAGGAGUACUACCAGCAAAAGGUGUUGACCCAAGACUUUCAGUCCGUGAAAGUGGUGUUCCCGUGGCUCGCGUCGCAGGACUACCCGAAAAUGGUGGCCAGCGCUGACCUCGGGAUAUGUCUGCACAAGUCGUCCAGUAAUCUGGAUCUGCCGAUGAAAGUGGUCGACAUGUUUGGCUGCUCUCUGCCCGUCUGUGCGUUCAAUUACGACUGUAUCGAUGAAUUGGUUUUACACGAAGAGAAUGGUUUGCUGUUUAAGACGAGCGAAGAAUUGGCGCAACAAUUGAUGGAUAUAUUUGAGAACUUUCCCAAAGAAAACAAGCGAUUGAAUGCAUUUCGCACUCAUUUGAAGCAGAAUUUUACAAAAUAUCGUUGGAAUGAGUGCUGGAAUGAAAACGCUUUGAAAGUCUUUUCAUAG